AGGACUGUCCGUUACCGCUUAGGUCCCUCAUGGCAGCCAUAGAGAGGUCAAUCAGUUCUUGAUCAGUUGCUCGGUUGUUGAUUGAGCAUCCCUUAUGGUCCAUUUUCAAGCUCAACCAGGCCUGAGAUGUCGAUAACAGAACGUUUGACUAGUGGUUUGUUUUCGGCACGGCCUACUUUGUGUGUCAAAAUGACAAUGGUUUCGUUUUAUUAACUGUACAAUUUAAGUAUUUGGCCUCGUCUAAAACACAAUUAUUUGGCUGACGGCUAAAUACCGCCAGAUCAUGGACCUGCCCAUUAAACCUGGCGCCAAUCAAGUGGCAGACGUGGUGUUCGUCAUCGAAGGAACUGCAAACCUCGGCCCCUAUUUUGAAUCCCUCAGAAAACAUUACAUACUACCUGCAAUCGAGUACUUCAAUGGAGGCCCUCCAGCAGAGACAGACUUUGGAGGAGAUUAUGGAGGCACACAGUAUGGUCUUGUUGUGUUCAACACAGUGGACUGUGCUCCUGAAUCCUACGUCCAGUGUCACGCACCAACCAGCUCAGCCUUUGAGUUUGUCUCGUGGAUUGACAGCAUCCAGUUCAUGGGAGGAGGAGCAGAGAGCUGUAGUCUCAUCGCAGAGGGUCUGUCUGUGGCCUUGCAGCUCUUUGAUGACUUCAAAAAGAUGAGGGAGCAAAUAGGUCAGACACACAAAGUCUGUGUGCUGCUGUGUAACUCUCCGCCAUACCUGCUCCCUGCCGUGGAGAGUGUCAGCUAUACGGGCUGCACUGCAGACAAUCUGGUCAAGAUCAUCAGAGAUAGAGGGAUUCAUUUUUCUGUGGUGUCGCCACGGAAACUGCCAGCGUUACGGGCGCUGUUCGACAGGGCGUCACCAGUCGGGGGACAGGUCGACCCCCACCCAGACUACAGCCAAGACCCCUUCCACAUGAUCCUGGUUAGGGGUAUCUCACUUCCUGUGUCAUCAGGGGGAGGAUCGGGCCCUCUCAAACCAAUUCUACCCCCUCAACCCCUGCCUGUUAGUCAGCCUCCUCUUGGUCCCGCCUCGCAGGCUCCUCCACCAAUAAGCACGGCCCAUCCAUAUCAGCCCCCACCUUCCCUUAACGCGGCCCAGGCAGCUGCACAGAUGGCUGUAGAGGCAGCCAACAACCAGAAGAGUCGCUUCCCAGGCAUGGUCAAUCCUGGUCCCCCAUUCAGCGGUCAGUCAACUCUCCCAUCUGUAGCAGGAGUGAAGUUGGCUCCCUCCAGUCAGCCCAGCCUAUCCACAGUCACCAUAGUUUCCACACCCAUGUUGCCUCAGCAACAAGCCCCUCCCCCGCAGCAGCAACAAGUCCAGCCGCCGGGACAACCACAGCCUAAUCAGCAGCAGCCAGUGCCCCCUCAGCAGCAGCAGCCCACAGCCAAUCAGCAGACGCCCCCAUCCUCACAGCCUGGCAUGCCUGGUGUGUCUGCAGCCCAGGCAAAUCCGAUUGGAGGACAGCAGCAAGGCGUUGCCAAUAAGAUUGUAGCAUGGAGUGGGGUACUGGAGUGGCAAGAGAAGCCUAAAGCCUCGUCUAUGGAUUCCAAUACCAAACUCACUCGCUCCCUGCCCUGCCAGGUGCAAGUCAACCAAGGAGAGAACCUAAAUGCCGACCAGUGGCCACAGAAGCUCAUCAUGCAAUUGAUCCCACAACAGCUACUGACAACACUCGGUCCCCUCUUCAGAAACUCUAGAAUGGUUCAGUUUCUCUUCACCAACAAAGAUGUGGAGUCACUAAAAGGUCUUUAUCGUAUCAUGGCCACUGGAUUUGCGGGGUGCGUCCACUUCCCCCACAGCGCCCCCUGUGAGGUGCGGGUGCUCAUGCUGCUCUACUCCUCCAAGAAGAGGAUUUUCAUGGGCCUCAUCCCCAACGACCAGAGUGGCUUCGUCAACGGCAUCCGACAGGUCAUCACCAACCACAAACAGGUCCAGCAGCACCGCUCGAUAGGUUCAGGAGGGCCGAUGCCAGGGCCACCUGGCCAGGUUCAACCCAAUCAGAACUUCCUCAACCGGCCGCAGGGGCCCAUCCCUGUCUCCCAUGGCAACGUGCAGCAGCAGUCUGUGGUGGUGGGCAUGCCCUCUGUUAGUCAGGUCACUCUGAUGGAGGAACAGCAGAGACAGGCCAACCUGAUGACGAUGAGAGCAUCCGGCGCACCUAAUCAGCAGCCACCUGUCACCGGUGCUCCGCCCAACCAGGUUGCUCAAGGUGGACAGGCCCCGCCCCAGGGUGCCAUGCUCCGCCUUCCAAAUCCAGGAGCCAAUCCACAGCUGCGCAGUCUCCUCCUCAGCCAACAGCAGCCACAGGGUGGUGUUGGUCACAUGCAGGGCAUGAUGCCUCACCAGGGGCUGGGAGGGCAGCUGGUCCACCCUACUCCAGGAGCGGGCCCCCAAAUGCAGGCCCAGUGGAGACAGCCCCUGGCAGGUCAGAUGAUGAUGGCUGCUGGUCAGAGGGGCCCUGGAGCCCAGCCCCCCGGGAUGCCCCAGGUGUCUUCCGUCAUGGAGGAUGAGAUUCUCAUGGACCUUAUUUGAGUUUGGACCCACAAAGACUACAUCCCCCAGCAACCAGCAUUUUCAGUUUCAUCAUGGGGGCAGACUGGGAGAUGUAGUUUUCCUAGUUUCUACUCUGGCUUUUUUUUCUUUUUUUUUCUUAUUUUAUAUCAAAAGUUUGUACUGUAGAGUUAUUGGAGAUGAGGGGAGGACAAGGCAGCACCCACUCUCAUGCAUAUGCACACACACACACACAAACACAAACCCUAUCACACACUUAAUGAAGCCAACGCAAUGGGAGGACAGUGUUCAUUACACUGUUGUGUGCUUGUAUGGAAACCUGUUUUACAUUCAUUUAAUUGUUUAUAUGAAAUGUAUUUUUUAUUGAGGUUAAACUUUUUCUGAAGUUGUGUUUUUGAGCUAUAUUACAUUGUUUUAUUGAGAUGAAAUAUAUACAUUUUGUCAAGGAGCCAA